AGUGCCCUGCACUCCCUCCCAGUAUACCCCAGUCCCUCCCAGUAUACCCCAGUCCCUCCCAGUGUACCCAGUCCCGUUCCCGCAGAGCCGGUUCCCGCCCCGUUCCUGGCACUGAGGGAGAGCACCAAGAACCGGAUCCUGACGGCGCAGGGGGUGCUGCUGCUGCUCUGCUCGGCCGGGCCGGGGCUGCUGCUGCUGCUCAGGAAGCGCUGGGCCAACGAGCAGCUGCUGCACCCUGAAAAAACCACAUGCGAGGAGGAAAACCUCUACGAGGGGCUGAACCUGGAUGAGUGUUCGAUGUACGAGGACAUUUCCCGGGCCCAACCCACCUACCAGGACGUGGGGACCCUCCCCGGUGACUCCCAGCUGGAAAAGCCCUGAGGACCCCCUGAAAAAGGGGGAUGGGACCCCCUGGGAAGGGGUUUGGGACACCCUGGCUCUGCUUGGCCCUCCCCAAUGCUCUGUUCUGGUGACACAAGGCCGUGCUGACCCCCCCAAAAUAAAG